GGAAAAGGUGUUUGGUCUGGGUUUAGCCAGCAGCUAGGCUCAAGCAACCGCUUUCACAAGCGGGGAAGCCCCUCCAGCUUGCCGUUACUAGUAGUUGGGGCAUGUUCCUUGCCAAUUCUGCGGCAGCACUCACUCGCGUUCUGUCAUGUUCCUUAUUGUCGUGUAAGAAUUCUUAUUCGCCCUCCUGAAUGCUCACGCAAUGAUUUAUGCCACCCUCUUUCAUUCCUAAAUCGUUCUAAAGUUUCAUGAACCUUGUGUCUUCUGUUUUCUUCUCACUAGUUCCAUGUCUCGGGACAGGUCUGCCAAACUUGUCCUGCACCGCUGGUGAAUAUCACCUCGGAUCUCAUCGAAGUAAGACGACCUACGGCUUGUAGCGGGACAAAAAAGCUUUGACGUUAACCACCGAAAGGCUGUGAGCCGGGGCUCUCUUAAACCGGGCGCAGUUUUCCGAAAUGGUUUCGUAGUUCACCAUUCUUAUUCACUGAGAAUGUGUCAAGAACUAAAGCCUCGCAACCUAUGCUCAUCAUCACAAUUCAACAAUGCCAAUCGCGUACGCCUCCACCCGAAGCAAAUACCCUUAACGUCAUGCCGCUGCAUCCAGAAGGCAUGGCUAGCCUCUCGUGUCAUUCCUCGCCGCAGAGGAUCAUACCUCAUGCCCGGCGCACAUCGCCCGAUCAACGAGGCAAACAUUAAAUUAGCUGUCACAAUCACUCGUGGCUGCGUUUUUGACCUGUUUAGAGUCCUUUGGAGUCUACAUCCAGUUCGCACUACACUUAUGAUGAUCAUAAAUGUGGUUCGAGGCUUGUUCCCUGCGUUCAGGGGCUAUUCCCAAGCAAUGAUUGUCGACGAGUUGCAAAAUUUAAUCUCGUCCGGUUGCUUCACCUGGUCACGCCUAUUGAAGCUGCUAGUCGUGGAAAUAUUCCGGAGAGCGGUGGAAACAGCGGUCGACUCCUUUGCUUCCGCAAAUGAGAGCGUUGUCCACGAUUCGGUCCGCUUUUUCGUGGAAUAUCAACAGAUUGCACAGCGUCUGAGGCUUGAUAUCCCGACACUCGCGGAUCCCGUCGUGAGGGACUGUCUCCAGGAGUCCGAUCUCUUCGUCAGGUCAUUUAACGGCAUGGGCGGGUUUGGGCUGCUCUCUCCGUUCGACUUUGUUCAAAUUCUAGCGCAAAUAUCGGAGCUUGCAUCAUAUCUUUGGGUGCUGUUGACCUUAAUGGGUGGCUCUACUCACAUGGGUGCUUUAUUACUAUCCAUUCUUUCCGCUCUACUUCCCCUUUUCUUGAGCCGUUGCGGACUCACUUCUUCACAUCCUGACCUGGCUUAUACGAGCAAGGAGGCUCGCACCGCUGAACGCCAGGAAAAGCUCAGAAAUUUAGCCUAUAAUGAUACUCAUCGACCGGAGGUCUUGCUCUUUGGGCUCGGACCAUGGAUACUGCACUCCUGGGCAAAUGCUCGCAAGUCGAUGAUGUAUGAUGAACAUUUGUCGCCACUAAAUCAGCCUACAUUGCCACAAAUACUGCAGCAGAUAAAUGUGUCCGACCUCCUGUUCGCUCUCCAGAAUAUUCCACUGUUCCUCAUGUUCCAGUCUUCAUCUGCGUCACUGGGUUCACUGGCACUGUACCGGAGCUCGAUUCAGUCAGUGGUCUACACUGUUGGAAACCUGGUCAAUACAGCUCGCAUGGCAUUCCAAGGAAUUUUUUUUAUGGGUGCCUUCUGCGCCGCCAUGAACAUCGAGCCUCGACUGACGCCUCCGAGCGAGGAUGCGGAGAAGUAUCCUAGCUUAACCAAUGGCAUGAAGAUCGAAGCGAGACAUCUAUCAUAUACAUAUCCAGGAAGCAAGGAGCCGUCACUAAAAGACGUCACCUUUAGUCUGGAAGCCGGUGAAAGUCUUGCAAUCGUCGGAUACAAUGGCUCAGGGAAGUCCACACUUGCCAAGGUGCUGCUGCGCAUUAUAGAUUUCGAUCAAGGUGAUCUCCUUGUCAACGGUGUGGACAUUCGUCGGUUGACUCCGACCGAUUACCACCGACAUGUCACGACCGUCUUCCAGGGCUUCUCUAAAUACAAUUCGACCGUCAGAGAAAACGUUGGAUUAGGAUAUGUUCAAAAUCUGCAGUCCCCCGCGGCUAUUGAGCGCGCCAUGCAUCUCGGCGGUUCAGACGCAUUUGUGGGUGCAUUGCCCAACGGAAUGAAAACCAAGCUAGAUGCCUCGGGUUUUGAGUUCAUGCCGUACUCAGCGGCGUCAGGUCCAUGCCAUGGUAUGUCCUCGCGGUUGCAGCAUGGCUUGUCUGGUGGCGAGUGGCAGAGAAUAGCCAUUUCUCGCGCGUUCAUGCGCGCAGAUCGACCGGAAGUUGAUCUCUUGCUGUUCGAUGAACCUACGUCAUCAUUGGAUGCUUGUGCUCAGAAUAAGAUUUUUGACACCAUCGACACGGUCUCUCGCUCCCCGCAAGGCGAAAAAAUCAAAACAGUGAUUUUCAUCACUCAUCGUUUGUCAACCGCCCGGCGAGCGGAUAAAAUUGCAAUGAUGGAAAAUGGCACAAUAACUGAGUUCGGGAGUCAUGAUGACCUAUUGAAAAAGGGCGGCUCUUAUGCCACUCUAUACAGAGCGUCCGUUUAAAGUGGCAGACCAGUGGCAGUUUUCUUAGUGUUCUUCCCUUCGCUCAUAGCCGUAGAUUUCUCCAGCAUACUUCAUAGCAACUUCAUAGACUGCAAUU